AGCCGAGAGAGCGGGAGAGAGAGAGUGUAUGUGAAUUUUCAGUCUUUUGACCAUGAAAAGGGCAAAAUUGGGCAUUCGUGUACUAGUUGAGCCUCUGAGCCCCUUUCCGAAUAGAACCAAGCGCACCAGUUGCCGAGGCCCGUGUCCCUUCGUGCCUCUUCCUCGCCUUCUCUCCUCCAUGCUCUCUGUCUUGCUCCCUUUUCCCACUCGCUUCUGCUCUCUGUUGCUAACGACCACCUUCCUCCAUCAGCUUCUAACCAAAUCUACUCCUCUUCCGACGUCGCUUAUGUCUCUCAUUUUUUUUUCCUAAAAUAGGAACCCUAGCAACAGAAUGGAGGAAUCCUUGUCGUUGUCGUAGCUAUCACACACACUCAGAAAGGCAGGGGAGGGACGUUGCGUCUCUGUCUUCGCCAUUCCCGUACCUCCACUUCAGUCUCAAACUUCUUGCACAUAGGCGGGGAGGGAAUAGGUGGUGAAGGGUGAGGUGGGGUUAGGGGUAUGGAAGGAGGAGGGUCAGGCCAUUACAACCCUCGCACCGUUGAGGAGGUCUUUAAGGAUUUCAGGGGUCGACGUGCUGGAAUGAUUAAGGCUCUUACAACUGAGGUCGACAAGUUUUACCAGCAGUGUGAUCCAGAGAAAGAGAACCUGUGCCUCUAUGGAUUUCCAAAUGAGUCUUGGGAAGUUAAUCUCCCCGCUGAGGAGGUUCCUCCAGAACUUCCUGAACCAGCUUUAGGGAUCAACUUUGCCAGGGAUGGUAUGCAAGAGAAAGAUUGGUUGUCUCUCGUUGCCGUUCACAGCGAUGCUUGGCUACUUGCCGUUGCUUUCUACUUUGGCGCACGCUUCGGAUUUGAUAAAAACGACAGGAAAAGGCUGUUCAACAUGAUGAAUGAUCUCCCAACAAUAUUUGAGGUUGUGACAGGGGUUGCUAAGAAGCAAGCCAGAGAAAAGUCAACCAUCACCACAAAUAGCAGCAACAAGAGCAAGUCCAAUGCAAAGAUGCCGUCUCGACAGCCAGAGUCUCAGCCAAAAUCAACAAAGACGCCUCCACCCAAGGAUGAUGAGAGUGGUGAUGAAGAUGAGGACGAGCAUGGUGAUGCGUUGUGCGGGGCAUGUGGGGAAAACUAUGCAUCUGAUGAGUUCUGGAUCUGUUGUGAUGUAUGCGAAAGAUGGUUCCAUGGGAAGUGUGUUAAGAUCACCCCUGCAAGAGCGGAGCAUAUCAAGCAGUACAAGUGCCCAGCAUGCAGCAACAAGCGAGCAAGAGUCUAGAAGGCAUGAUGGGAUCGGAUUGAGCAUCAGAACCCUUUUGAAAGCACAGUUGCGUCAAACGCAUUAAAGGAUGUGGCUUCUAAUGUGGGAAUUUGUGGGACUUGCUUGGCUCACAUUACUUUAGAUUGAUCUGUUCUUCAUUGACUAUAUAGAACUAGGUUGCAGCUCUUUGUGAUGGUUUCGUUCUCCCUUAUUUGUGCUAUGCAGCGGUAAAAGUUUGAGUUGAAACUUCUCUUUA